UUUCAAACGCACCAUUAUUCUCUCAACUCAAACUCUUUAUUUCUGUAGUUUUUCCUGUUCGCAUCGCAACUAAUAGAAAAAAAACUACUUUUCUUCAUUAACCUGGAGAACGGUUGGCAUAGUUACUGGAACUUUCUCAACUCUUCUUCUUAAAAGUCUUUGGACAUUCUAAAUUACUAAGCAUUUCUUUGAUCCUGAUCUCCUGCUAGUGCUAAUAAGCCAUUUACUAAUAACAGUUCAAGAAUCAAAUUAAUUAAAAAUCAAUGGCUGUGGAAACUGAUGCUGCUGCUACUCCAGGAAUGGCUCUUGCCGAUACCGACAUUAAUUGGGCCAGGUUGGAUAAGACAAGGUUUCAUGUGAUUGGGGCUAUACUAUUUACUGCUCAGCAAGCUUUACUACAUCCAACUCAUGUAGUGAAGACAAGAAUGCAAGUAGCUGAACAUUCUGGACUAUCCCGCAUUCGCGGAGGUGGACUAUCUGUAUUCAGACAUUUACUGAGGAAUGACGGUAUUCAUGGUCUUUACAGAGGUUUUGGAACUUCUGCGAUUGGAUCAUUGCCUGGUAGAGUGCUUACUUUGACAUCACUUGAAAUGUCUAAAGAUACGAUGCUGAAAUACACUCAAGAGAUCGAUAUGCCUGAAGCCACGCGUCUUGGCAUGGCUAAUGGAGUGGCAGGCAUGUUGUCAAAUCUAGUUUCUUGUUUCUACUUUGUUCCUUUGGAUGUGAUUUCCCAUCGGAUAAUGGUGCAAGGGCUUCCUAGGACUACAUACUGUAACGGGCCAUUCGAUGCCAUGCGUAAAGUGAUGAAGACUGAAGGAUUUCGUGGCUUGUAUAGAGGUUUUGGGUUAACAGCUGUAAUACAGUCACCAGCAUCUGCACUUUGGUGGGGUGUGUAUGGUGCUGCACAACAUAUAAUUUGGAGGAGCUUGGGCUAUGGAGAGGAUAAGGAGAAGAAACCCUCUGAUAUGGAGAUGGUGACAGUUCAGGCUACAGCAGGAAUGAUGGCUGGUGCUUGUUCUUCAAUUAUCACUACUCCUGUGGAUACUGUAAAGACUCGACUACAGGUUAUGGAUAACUAUGGUGUUGGAAGGCCUUCAGUACUCAAGACAACAAAGACACUCCUCAAGGAAGAUGGAUGGUGGGGCUUUUACAGAGGGUUUGGUCCUCGGUUCUUAAACAUGUCACUCUAUGGAACUACAAUGAUUGUUACCUACGAACUCAUAAAGAGAUUAUCAGUGAAGCAAGUAUAACAGCUCCGAGGCAUAUGAAGUGCAAAUGGGAAUUGCAAGACUAGAAGUUUGGAGUAGCUGAUUAGUAGACCCUUCCUAGCAGUUCUUAGAAGAGGUUGACCUUGACAAGCCAGAUCAAGCUUCAUGCAUCUUUGUUCAAGCUAUAGAUUUUGGUUGGCCAUCUAUCUACAAUUUCAAGGUCAAGUUUAAUUGGUUUAAAAAGCUCAAGCUCAAAAGAACUUGGAAAACUCUACACAGUACAAUACUGCAUCCUGCAGGGCUAAAACAGAGGGUUAAUUGGUUUGACCAUAACUACGAGUUAUUCUAUAAUCAGAUAUGAGAGAAUUCCUUUUUGGUCAUGUGCCCCUGUAAGCGGCUAGAACAUACUGAAUUUUUUAAACAAGGAAUGCUAGCGAUGCUAACAAUAUUUUUUUCUAA